UCUACAGACAAAUUCCAUAUGGGAUGCCACAAUAACAUUAAAGCAAUUCGUCACGUUGGGGUAAUUACACUGAAAUGGAACUAGAGGACAUCAUGAGAUAUCAACAACUACACAAACUCUUAAUUUUAAAAGGUAAGGCUCACUGUGCUAUGUGGCUCUGUCAGAAGCGAAGUGGCUUUUACAAAUGAGAGCGCAAUGAUGUGGCUUAUGUGAAAAUUGAUUGCAGCCAAAUACUCUGAAUGCGUGAUGUUGAUUCUAAAUGUGGAGGGUAAACCGGAGGAUCCAGCUACAAAUUCCCGAGAACAAGGGGAAAGAGAGAAAGACGCAAACUUUAAAUAUAAAACAGCCGUAAGGCGAGCGAAAUAACAUAUAACCACGGUGGCACCCAAUCCAUUGCUCUGUCUUACCAGCAACACCAACUUCUGCGCUGAGCUAUGGAAGGAUAAGUUUAUCUCUCGAUACUCAUCUCAUGAAUGAGCCACCGUAGCUGAGGCUCACGGAUUUUAUAUUAACAACAUCAACAACUCAUUUCUUUAAAUUAAUAUAUUUGUUAAAAUAUUACAUUCCUUUGAUACAUUUUGUUCGUGUCAAGGUGUGUACUGUAACAAUGUUAACAUUGAAGCUGCUGUUUGCGCACCAAGGACACGGGUUGACAUUCCAAGCAGUGUCUCGUGAUGUCAGUAACGACAAUGAAAAUAUUUUAGUAUUUUACUUCCUUCUUCACCGUCGCUAUAAGAGAGAGGUCCUGGUCCAGCGUCUCUCUCAUCCACACAGCAAGCGAUCCCAACGAAGCUCAUGAGUCAUGGCGUACGCGACUCCCAGUGAGAGUGUGGAUAGUGAGCUGCGCUGCUCCAUCUGCCUGGGCACGUUCGUCUGCCCCUCCACGCUGAGCUGCGGACACUCGUUCUGCCUGCAGUGCCUGGAUGCCACCUGGGAGACGGCGAGCAGCUUCAGCUGCCCGCAGUGCCGAGCGACCUUCCCUGUGCGACCCCAGCUGAGGAGGAACGUGGCCCUCGUCAACCUGGUGGAGCAGCUCAGAGUUGGAGAUGGGAUGGCCGCGGUCGUCAUGUGUGACAUCUGCGGUGACGGCCACACUCCUGCAGUGAAGACCUGCUUGAGAUGUGAGAUGUCCUACUGUUUUUCUCACUUUAGGCCUCACGUGGAGAAUCCCAGGUUGAGAGACCACGCCGUGGUGGAUCCCACUGCGAGCUUGGACGAGAGAAGAUGCUGUAAUCACAAACGGGAGCUGGAAUUCUACUGCACAGUAGAUAGAAGCCUGGUUUGCUCAUCUUGUACCAUCGCAGGAGAACACAAAGGACAUGAUGUCACCAUGCUGAAGGACGAGCACGAGACACGGAAGACGCGCGUAGGGGAAGAGACGCGAGCGGUGGAGGAGAAGAGGAAGGAGGCGGAAGAGUCCGUGAAGCGGAUGGAGGCCGCUCGCAAGGAGGCGCAGGAAUCGGUGGCCGGGAUCAGGGGUCGCAUCACGGGCAAGUUCGCCCGCCUAAAGAAGGCUCUGGACGAGGACGAGAGGGAGGUUCUCCAACGCGUGGCUGUGAAGGAGCGCGAGCUGCUGUCCCGGAUCGACGAGGACAUCGCUCGUCACAAGCAGGAGAUCGGGGAGCUCCAGGCAGCGGCCGCUCGCCUGAGCAACCUGCAGCACGAGAGGGACUCGCUCGCCUUCCUGCAGGGGCACCUGGAGGAGACGCGCAGGUACAGAUCCUCAAUGCCUCACGAUUAAACACUCACAACACAGGAUGUGUGUGUUAGACACACGGGC